AUGUCGUUCUCCGGCGGUGCCUCCGAGGGCCAGCCCAAUAAUGCCACUACCUCCGGUGCACCCGCUAGUGGUGGCUUGUUCGGCUCCUCCACGCCUACUCUCACAUCUAACACCUUUGGCAGCGGGGGUGCUGGAGGCUCCUUCACGUUUGGGAACCUAGGUGGGAGCAACAACACUACAACGCCUACUUCUACAACUCCAGGUAGCAUGUUUGGAAAUACUGCCUCGAAGCCGGACGAUCAGAAGCCAAAAUCAUUCGGCGGAGCUGCAGCCACCACCUCUUCACCGGCCGGAGCGCUCUGGGGUGGUACCCAAACAACCCCUUCGACUAAGAGCAGCAUCUUCCCCGGUGCGGAGCCGGCACAAUCGACUUCCCUGUUUGGAAACACUGCUUCUACCCCGACAUUAACUCCUGCGAACGCUACCGCGGGCGGACUCUUUGCGGCGAAAGAUAACAAAUCCUCCACACCAGCUGCUGCCGGUACGCCAUCCAGCGGGUUGUUCGGUGGUGGGAACGCCGGCAGUAGCGGCAUCUUCGGCGGUACAGGCUCCAGCGCUACGCCAGCUAGCAACGCCCCGGCCCCCGGUACGCUCUCGACACCCGCGAAACCCACACUUCCCUUGAAUUCGACAACCCCCGCCGGAGCCCCUCCGUCGGCCGCAGGAAAAUCCGCCAGUGGCCUCUUCGGGAAUACCGCACCACCGCAAACCACAGCCCUAUUCGCAUCUCCUAAGCAGGGGGAGAAGAAGGAGGAUCAACCCAAUAGCCUGUUUGGAGCUACUGCCAGCUCUGCGCCAGCUGGUGCGACGGCAAGCCAGCCAUCAUCUUCUUCCGCUCCAACUGCCACGCUGUUUGGUCAGGCACCGAACCCGGCCCCAAGUAUAUUCGGUGCGAAGGCCGCUGCGACUAAGGGCGACAGCGCAGCGCCUGCUGCUACGGCGGGCCCCCUUUUCAGCCAACAGCCCACCAAGCCCGCCAAUGCGCCCUCGGCCAUGCCCUCUCUAUUCGGGGGAGCUAGUGCUACCUCAGGAGCGUCGACAAGUUCGUCCUCCUUGUUCGGUCAGAAGACUGCGCCAGCCACAUCGAGCGGAACACCCGCUACUACCGCUCCGGCAACUAUACAAUCAUCCAGCGCUCUGUUUCCGAACUCUAAUAAACUUCCCAGCAUCGCUCCUACGUCUGAGCCGGCUAAGACCCAACUAGGCGCUCUAUUUGGAUCGGGAACCCCCGGUUCUAAUACCGCGGCUGCUGAAGCAUCGAAGCCUACGACUAGCCUCUUCGGCGGUAAUACAGCUAACGCAACAACUGGGAAUGCGUCGAGUACAACUACUACGGCAACUACUUCCGCCGCUGCCCCUGCUUUAGGUUCUACUACAAAUACCACAGCCCCCUUGGGUGCAAGCUCUUUGUUCGGCGCCGCGAAACCGAGCACUUCAGCUGCCGCUCAGGGUGCGGCGGCGCAACCUGCCGCGGGCACUGCCGCGGCGCUGGGGGCGUCGACGGCCGGCCCCACCUCUUCGAUGGCGCGGCUGAAGAACAAGACGAUGGACGAGAUCAUCACGCGGUGGGCGACGGACCUGUCCAAGUACCAGAAGGAGUUCAAGGACCAGGCGGCGCAGGUGGCGCAGUGGGACCGGCUGCUGGUGGACAACGGGGAGAAGAUCCAGCGGCUGUACCUGGACACGUUCGAGGCGGAGAAGGGCAGCCGGGAGGUGGAGCGGCAGCUGGCGGCGGUCGAGGGGCAGCAGGAGGAGCUCGAGGCGUGGCUGGACAAGUACGAGGGCGAGGUGGACGCGCUGUUCGGCAAGCAGGUCGGGCCGCGCGACCAGCUCGCCGGCCCGGACCAGGAGCGCGAGAAGACGUACAAGCUGGCCGAGAAGAUCACGGAGCGCCUCGACGAGAUGGGCCGCGACCUCACCAAGAUGAUCAAGGAGAUCAACGACAUCUCGAGCACACUGAGCAAGGGCAACAAGCCUGACGACCCGCUGAGCCAGAUCGUCCGCGUGCUCAACGGCCACCUGUCGCAGCUGCAGUGGAUCGACACGAACGCAGCCGCUCUGCAGGCUAAGGUGGCCGCGGCGCAGAAGGCGAGCAGCACGGUGGGCAGCCAGUACGGCGGCCCCGAGCAGGACAACGUCGACAGCUUCUACCGGUCCUACAUGUCGCGCAGGUGA